CACAAUCCUGGGUCUCCGCAGGUCCAUGUGCCCAAUGGCUGGCCCAGGGUGGACGCUGCUGCUACUGCUGCUGCCCCUGCCGCUGGGGUCCUUGGCGGGGUAUAGGUUGCAGAAGAAGCAGGUGAUCCUGUCCCAUAAGGUCAUCGGGGAGCCAUGCAGGAGCCAUCAGGAGUGCCAGAGCAACUGCUGUACCACCAACAGCCUGGACCCACACACGCUCUGCACCCCUAAGACCAUCUUCCUGCAGUGCCUGCCCUGGAAGAAGCCCAACGGGUACAGAUGCUCGGACAACUCGGAGUGCCAGAGCAGCUGCUGCGUCCGCGACAGCAAGAGCCCGCAGGAGUUCUGCACAUCCCAAACCGUCUUCCUGCAGUGUGUGCCCUGGCGCAAGCCCAACGGCGACUUCUGCAGCAGCCACCGGGAGUGUAGCAGCCAGUGCUGCAUCCAGCUGAGGGAGGACAGCCCCUUCCGCUGCGUGCCCCGCACCGGGAUCCUGGCCCAGUGCCUGCCCCUGGACCAUCUGAGGCUCCCCCUGGAGAGACUUGUGGGGCAGGAACCCCUGGCCGCGGUGGACUCUGCACAGCCUGAAGUUACACAGUUUUGGCGACUUCCUUAAGAAAAGGCAUAUGACAUUAUGAACACAGUGUUAGGCCUAAAACUGAACAUACUUACAGUGAAAGACCCAGCACACCACGAGUGUAGGAAGCUCACACAGGCAGCAUCACAGACAGAAUCGGAGGCCCACACAGGAAGCAUCACAGACAGAAUCGCACGGCACGUUUUUUACCCUAAAGUUCCUGACCUCACAGCCUCGGAUUACGUUUACAAAAUGACGAUUUGGUAACGUUUUCUAUGGCAGAAUGGAAAAUCAACUCAAUCUUCCCACAGAGGGGGCUGAGCCACAUUUUCUGUGGAUAAGAGUUGCUCAGGUAUGAACCUCCCUGGGCGUGUGUGGGUGACAGACACAGCUGCCGUCAAGCGAUUCCCAUAAGAAGUCAAAGCAAACCUCCAUCCUGAUUAGAAGCUGCUGAGAACUGAAUUUUCCACACACACCUCUACCUGUCUGACACCAUCCCCACACCCCAGCGUCUAGAUCCAGAAUCUUCAAACAGGACAUGUCGGAGACACCAUCAGGCCCCCGCCUUCAUGUUGAUGUCAAGUGGAUGAGCCCAGCAUGGGGGCCGUCCCUACGCGGGUGAGCUGGGGUUUGCGGGCCAUCCCCACGGAGGUAAGCCAGGGCAUGGGGGCCGUCCCCAUGGAGGUGAGCCAGGGAGUGGGGGCCGUCCCCACGGAGGUGAGCCAGGGCGCGGGGGCCAUUCCCAUGAGGAUGAGCCCAGCAACACCACGGAAAAAGCUUCCUCAACUCGCCUUCCCCACAGGUAGCUCCUGGCUGCUUGGCGCCCCUCCUCCCUCAGAGAUACCGGAAGUGCACGGGGGCCGUGCCAAGUGGAGACAGGUCUUGACCCAGUACAGUGAAAAGAUCUUAUUUUCCCAAACUUCACAGAAACACUGAUCGUGUGUUUGUCAGAGUCAGCUGAGGGCAGACGCCACACCAACAUGGGGACGGGGGUGUCUAAGGUGAGGGGCUGCGCGCUGGGUCUAGGAGGAGCAAAGUGAGCCCAGGGUGGAUGCAGAAGAGAUUCCCUGCCUAGCGCUCAGGAGAUGGUGGGGCCACAGCCACUGGUUUGGAGACGCUCUCUGGGUCGAGGCCAGGGGCCCAUGGCGGGGCCAGUAGCACUCUAUGCUAGAGGGAGGCACCUCUGGGUCGGCCCAGCCAGGGGAGUGAGUGAACCAGGAAGCCCCAGCUGCGUCCACUAUGGCAGAGGGGCUGCCUGUGGGCAGUUCUAGAACCAUCCAUCAGUGUGAGGCUGUCGGCCCCAGGAUACGGAUGAUCCCCCAACUCUGUCCAAACCCCUCGAAUCCUGUUUCCUGUCAUGUUGGGUCAACUUCACUAUGAAUUGGAAGUCUAAGAAAAUUACAAAAUGAAACAACAUCGUGAAAGUGGGCGUCAGCUGCCACUGUGCCUGAGUCCGCCUGUCCGUUCCUUCUGCACGGGUGCCCUCUCCCAGCCGCUGCCUGGCCGAUGUGUGGCUGGAGUCCGCCCCUGCUCCUUGGGGACACGGCCUUGCUGUGGACUGAGUGUGUCCUCACAUUCAUGGGUUCAGGCCCAGAGCCCCAGUGUGACGGGACUGGAGUGGGGUUCUGGGAGGUGACUGAGGUUUUGAUGAGGCCGUGAGGGGCCUCGUGAGAAGGGGAUUCACGCCCUUGUAAUAAGAGGCUCCAGGUGACCGCGGUGGUAAACAGUCACGCACUGUGAGAAAAAAGAGACGACAGAGCUGAGCAUGCCAGCUUCCCCUGCCCUGCCCACCCGCCGGGGGAGGACGCCCUGGGAAGGCAGCUGCCUGCAACCCAGAGGGGGCCCUCGUGGAGCUCGUCCUGCUGGCACUCGGAUCUCAAUGUCAUUGUUUUAGCUGCCGGGUCUGUGGGGUUCCGCAGGGCAGUCCAAGAAGGCUGAGACAAUCUUUGUAGCGAAAUCCUGAGAAACCCUUGCUUUCCACUCUAAUAGUGAG